UUGAGUCUCUUUGGACUGAACUCCAGUUAUAGAACACACAUUUUUGUCAAUGAAAAAAAGAAUUGGAAAGAUGCACAGGAGCACUGCAGAAAACACUACGAUGACCUGUCCACUAUCACCAGUCGUGAUAUAGAAAUCUUCUGUCAAAACUCAAAAAUCCUAGAUGAUUUUUUCUUUUGUGGGCUUCAGAGAGAUAUUCAAAACUCAGGGUGGAUGUGGUCUAAUGGUGAACCAGCAACAAUUAACGAAUGGGAUAUUGGUCAAGGAUCUGACCGAGGCGAAAACUGUGCAGCAAUAAGAAAAUCCACUAAAAAACUGCAUGAUUAUGAUUGCGGAGGACAUUUAACAUUUUAUUGUAUGACGGACUUAGACCUGAUCCUGGAGACCAAGACCUGGGAUGAGGCUCUGGACUACUGCAUAGAACGCAACACUACCCUGGCUAGUAUGAACUCCAGUACGAUUAUGGAUCUGGCAAUGAAAAUGGCUGAAAAUGCCCUGACGGUUAACGUCUGGACUGGCCUGCGCUUUCUGAUGGCCCAUUGGUUCUGGGUAAAUGGAGGUGAUCUUGAAUACAAGGCCUGGUCUAAUGAGGAAGAGGUACAGUGUCCUGUCAUGAAUCAGCGCUGUGGAGCUCUGAAUAGAAACAGGAGGGUCUGGAACCCCACAAACUGUCAGGAGAGACUCAAUUUUUUCUGUUCCAUAAGACGCAGAUAAAUACAUUUAACAAUAUUAGUGGUAUUGUUAAUGGCAGAAUGUUAACUGUGUGACUAGGAAACUGGCAAAAUAUUGCAAGUAUAAAGUUUACUU